AUGGUAGGGAUUGGAUGCUGCCCUGUGUCACGCAAAUUGAAACUGCUUAGAGUUGUAUUCCACAUAGAAAAGCGAAGAAGAAAGGUUGCGCAAGUUAAAACAGUCGGUACUAAUGAAUGGAGGAAUGUUGAUAAAAGAACACCACUUCCACGCGAGUUUUAUAAAAGUGGGUAUACUGAUAUUCCAGUUUACUUGAACGACUCGAUUCAUAUGUACUCCAGUGAGGAUAAUUGUAUAUGGUCAUUUCAUUUUGGAACUGAGAAAUUUUCGGCUAUUCCAUUACCUGAUGGUAUGAGGGCAGGGACACGGGUUUGUCUGUGUGUUUUAGAUUCUUGCCUCUGUUUGAAUACAAUGGACAAAUGGGGUGCAACGGCAAUGGAGGAACUUAAUAUUUGUUCUCACAACAUAUGGAUUAUGAAGUAUUAUGGGGUGAAAGAUUCUUGGGUUAAACAAUUCGUAGUGUUUCAUCCAGAUCAAUUUUAUUCUUUGCCUUUAUGGUAUAAUGAUAAGGAGAAAGUGUUGGUUUCUUGUGGUUAUACAGGUAUUAGGGUAUAUGAUGUUGGUUCUAAAACUAGUGAAAAGGUACAUGUUCUUGGAUUUUCUCAUGUUGAAGCAACUGUAUUCAAUCCGAUGUUUAACAAGUUACAAUGGUCAGAUGAGGAAGAGGAAGAGGAAUUGAAUGAAGUUGAAAUUGAAAGAGCAGUCAGAAGAGAGCAGUCGGAAGAGGAAGAGGAAGAGGAAGAGGAAGAUGAUGAAUUGUAG